AUGGCAUCUAAUAAACCAGGAACUUCAGGUUUAGGCGUACAACGAAGUUAUAAAGAUGAUAUUUCUUCUCGAAUUUUUAAUACAGAAUGGAUAGAAAAAUUUUUAUGUAUAGAAGGGAAAAAAUCUAGACCGACAUGUUUAGUAUGUAACUCUGUAAUUGCAGUUCCAAAAAAAUGCAAUGUUCAACGGCACUAUAAUAAUCACAAUGAUAUUAUUGAAAAAUACCCCGAGGGUUCUGUAAAGAGGACAGAAUAUAUUAAAAAGAAGACUAUAAAUUCAUUGUUAACUCAGCAAUCAAUUUUUACUAAUCAAUCGAAUGAAAAAAAAGACAUGGUGUUAACGUCUUAUGAAAUCGCAUUUUUGCUAGCCAAGUGUGGAAAACCUUAUUCUGAUGGCGAAAUCAUUAAAAAAAGUUUCGAUAUUUUUGCAAAAAAUGCAAAUGAUUCAAAAAUUUCUACGUACGUAAAUGACAUUUCUUUAUCACGUAAUACAAUUAUAAGUUUUUCGCGGAUGACUUUCAUUAAAAAUAAGUAUAGAACCAAACUAACAAAUUAUCAUUUGAAAAAUUUAAUGCUUCUAUCCUCAACUAAACUUAAACCAAAUUAUGAAGAGAUAAUAUCCAUGAAGCAAAUUCAACAUACCUAA